AUGCCGACCCCGACCACCACCCCGCAAACCCGACUCCCCAAGCCCGCAGACCACCCCCCCCCCCCGCCGCUGCCUUACCUCGGGGGAAUAAGAAGCGGCUGCGGCCGGGAACGAGGCCCAGGAAGCGGCUGCGGCCGGGAACGAGGCCGAGGCCGCCACCCUGGCUGCCACCCCCACUCCGACGCCGACCCCGCCCCCCCCGCCGCCGACCCCCCCACCGAUGCCGACCCCGACACCGACCACCACCCCCCAACCCGAACCCCCCCCCACCGACCCCCCCCCCGCCGCUGCCUUACCUCGGGGAAUAACGAAGCGGCUGCGGCCGGGAACGAGGCCGAGGCCGCCACCCUGGCUGCCACCCCCACUCCGACGCCGACGCCCACCACCCCGCCGACCCGCCCCCGCCGACCCCCCACCGAUGCCGACACCGACCACCACCCCCCAACCCGAACCCCCCCCCGGCCGACCCCCCCCCCCCCCGCCGCUGCCUUACCUCGGGGAAUAAGAAGCCGCUGCGGCCGGGAACGAGGCCGAGGCCGCCACCCUGGCUGCCACCCCCACUCCGACGCCGACGCCCACCCACCCCGCCGACCCCAAGCGGCUGCGGCCGGGAACGAGGCCCAGGCCGCCACCCUGCCUGCCACCCCAACUCCGACGCCCCCCCCCCCCCCGCCGACCCCGCCCCCGCCGACCCCCCCUACCGAUGCCGACACCGUACACGACCACCACCCCCCAACCCGAACCCCCCCCCGCCGACCCCCCCCCCGCUGCCUUACCUCGGGGAAUAACGAAGCGGCUGCGGCCGGGAACGAGGCCGAGGCCGCCACCCUGGCUGCCACCCCCACUCCGACGCCGACCCCGCCCCCGCCGACCCCCCACCGAUGCCGACACCGACACCGACCACCACCCCCCAACCCGAACCCCCCCGCCGACCCCCCCCCCGCCGCUGCCUUACCUCGGGGAAUAACGAAGCGCGCGGCCGGGAACGAGGCCGAGGCUGCCACCCUGGCUGCCACCCCACUCCGACGCGACGCCCACCACCCCGCCGACCCCGCCCCCGCCGACCCCCCCUACCGAUGCCGACACCGACCACCACCCCCCCAACCCGACCCCACCCCGCCGACCCACCCCCCCGCCGCUGCCUUACCUCGGGGAAUAACGAAGCGGCUGCGGCCGGGAACGAGGCCGAGGCCGCCACCCUGGCUGCCACCCCCACUCCAACGCCGACGCCCACCCACCCCGCCGACCCAGCCCCCGCCGACCCCCCCACCGAUGCCGACACCGACCACCACCCCCAAACCCGACUCCCCCCCCGCCGACCCCCCCCCGACCCCCGCCGCUGCCUUACCUCGGGGGAAUAAGAAGCCGCUGCGGCCGGGAACGAGGCCGAGGCCGCCACCCUGGCUGCCACCCCCACUCCGACGCCGACGCGGACGCCCCCCCACCCCGCCGACCCCGCCCCCCGCCGGCCCCCCAACGAUGCCGACACAGACACGGACCACCACCCCCCAACCCGACCGCCCCGCCCGCCCGCCGACCCCCCCCCCUGCCGCGGCCUUACCUCGGGGGAAAAACGAAGCGGCCGCGGCCGGGAACGAGGCCAAGGCCGCCACCCUGGCUGCCACCCCCACUCCGACGCCGACCCCGCCCCCCGCGGACCCCCCCACCGAUGCCGACACCGAACACCACCCCCCCAACCCGACCCCCCCCCCGCCGACCCCCCCGCCCUGCCUUACCUCAGGGGAAUAA